AUGUGUUAUGAGGAUGAUGUCAAUGUUAGAGAUGAUGUCAAUAUUAGAGAUGAUGACAAUGUUACAGAUGAUGUCAAUCUUAGAGAUGAUGACAAUGUUACAGAUGAUGUCAAUAUUAGAGAUGAUGACAAUGUUACAGAUGUUGACAAUGUUAGAGAUGAUGACAAUGUUACAGAUGAUGGCAAUGUUAGAGAUGAUGACAAUGUCACAGAUGAUGACAAUGUUAGAGAUGAUGACAAUGUUAGAGAUGGUGACAAUGUUACAGAUGAUGACAAUGUUACAGAUGAUGGCAAUGUUACAGAUGAUGGCAAUGUUAGAGAUGAUGUCAAUGUAAGAGAUGAUGGCAAUGUUAGAGAUGAUGACAAUGUUACAGAUGAUGACAAUGUUAGAGAUGAUGUCAAUGUUAGAGAUGAUGGCAAUGUUAGAGAUGAUGGCAAUGUUGGAGAUGAUGACAAUGUUAGUGAUGAUGCCAAUGUUAGAGAUUAUGACAAUGUUAGAGAUGAUGUCAAUGUUACAGAUGAUGACAAUGUUACAGAUGAUGUCAAUGUUAGAGAUGAUGGCAAUGUUACAGAUGUUGACAAUGUUAGAGAUGAUGACAAUGUUACAGAUGAUGUCAAUGUUAGAGAUGAUGGCAAUGUUACAGAUGUUGACAAUGUUAGAGAUGAUGACAAUGUUAGAGAUGAUGGCAAUGUUAGAGAUGAUGACAAUGUUAGAGAUGAUGACAAUGUUACAGAUGAUGACAAUGUUAGAGAUGAUGUCAAUGUUAGAGAUGAUGGCAAUGUUACAGAUGUUGACAAUGUUAGAGAUGAUGACAAUGUUACAGAUGAUGAUGAUGUCAAUGUUAGAGAUGAUGUCAAUAUUAGAGAUGAUGACAAUGUUACAGAUGAUGUCAAUAUUAGAGAUGAUGACAAUGUUACAGAUGUUGACAAUGUUAGAGAUGAUGACAAUGUUACAGAUGAUGGCAAUGUUAGAGAUGAUGACAAUGUCACAGAUGAUGACAAUGUUAGAGAUGAUGACAAUGUUAGAGAUGAUGACAAUGUUACAGAUGAUGACAAUGUUACAGAUGAUGGCAAUGUUAGAGAUGAUGGCAAUGCUAGAGAUGAUGUCAAUGUAAGAGAUGAUGGCAAUGUUAGAGAUGAUGACAAUGUUACAGAUGAUGACAAUGUUAGAGAUGAUGUCAAUGUUAGAGAUGAUGGCAAUGUUAGAGAUGAUGGCAAUGUUAGAGAUGAUGACAAUGUUAGUGAUGAUGCCAAUGUUAGAGAUUAUGACAAUGUUAGAGAUGAUGUCAAUGUUACAGAUGAUGACAAUGUUACAGAUGAUGUCAAUGUUAGAGAUGAUGGCAAUGUUACAGAUGUUGACAAUGUUAGAGAUGAUGACAAUGUUACAGAUGAUGUCAAUGUUAGAGAUGAUGGCAAUGUUACAGAUGUUGACAAUGUUAGAGAUGAUGACAAUGUUAGAGAUGAUGGCAAUGUUAGAGAUGAUGAUGAUGACAAUGUUACAGAUGAUGUCAAUGUUAGAGAUGAUGUCAAUAUUACAGAUGAUGACAAUGUUAGAGAUGAUGACUAUGUUACAGAUGAUGUCAAUAUUACAGAUGAUGACAAUGUUAGAGAUGAUGACAAUGUUACAGAUGAUGUCAAUAUUACAGAUGAUGACAAUGUUAGAGAUGAUGACUAUGUUACAGAUGAUGUCAAUAUUACAGAUGAUGACAAUGUUAGAGAUGAUGACAAUGUUACAGAUGAUGUCAAUGUUAGAGAUUAUGACAAUGUUACAGAUGAUGACAAUGUUAGAGAUGAUGACAAUGUUACAGAUGUUGACAAUGUUAGAGAUGAUGACAAUGUUACAGAUGAUGUCAAUGUUAGAGAUGAUGACAAUGUUAGAGAUGAUGACAAUGUUAGAGAUGAUGUCAAUCUUAGAGAUGAUGACAAUGUUACAGAUGAUGACAAUGUUAGAGAUGAUGACAAUGUUGCAGAUAUUGACAAUGUUGAAAAGAGAUAUAUUGAUAAUGAUAAAGACUUUGACAAUAGAGGCAGGCUCCUGUCCCAAAGCAGUAAUAGUGACCAAUCAAACUUCCAAGCAGGAAAUGGACAAUUUAGUAGUCAGCAGCAAGGCUGGGGAUCUCCGAAUGGAUGGUCAAUGAGUGGACCUAACGGGGCCCAACAAUGGCAGGGCACAAAUUUCCAAUUGGAUAGUAAUCAAGGAGGACAAUUUAAUGGUCAACAAAAUGGUUUCUUCCAAGAUGGAAGCCAAGGAGGACCAUGGCAGGGAUUGCAAAGUGGUGGGACAAAUUUUAACUUCCAAGGGGGACCUAAUGGAGGUAACCAGUUUCAGGGUAUGCAACCCUGGCAGCAAAAUUCAGGCUUUUCUCAAGGUGGUCCAAAUGGAGAAGCAAUCUUCAUGAUGCGUUUCUUUAGCAGGGCCUUGGCAGCAACAGUGGAACAACGGAUUUCAGCAACAAGGACCUUGGAAUUCGAUGAAUUCAAUGAAUUCUAUGAACUCCUGGAACCCGUGGAACCAAGGGAACAAUGGUAA